AUGAAAAAAGCUGGAAGAGAUUGGCAGAAGCCUGGCGAGCGCAGCUGUAAAGACCUUUGCAGUGACCGCCGUGCACAGGUGGGCCAGGAACUCAAUUGGGUUAACGGGAAAAAUAUUCAUAAAAGAGCGAGGCACGGAAAGUAGUUUUUAUGGCCCUCGGCUGGAGGCUGAAAAUUGAUUCAGUACUACUGUGGCACUACUUAUUCGUUGAGUUAUUAGUAAAAAAAUAAAAAAAUUUACAGAUCUGUUCGAAUUUGCAGAAAAAAAGCCAAUAUGACGUUGCUAACUUUUUGUUUGUACUUUUUUUUUCAAAAAAGCAAAUAGUUGUUGAAAACACAAACUCCAUUGAAUUUUGUUGCGAAAAAAAUCCAGAGUUAGUCUUAUUUCAAAGGAAGAAAUUUUGCAGUGACAAUCCAUUUGGACUCGUUAAGCUCUCUCAACAUUUUUCUAUAAACAAUAACGAAAAACAGUGGAAUAAAUUGUUUUCAGUACGGAUUUAUGUUGAAUAUUUUUUGAGUAAAUUUUCCUUACUUUUAAAAACAUGAACAAAAACAUUUUUUCAUAGUAAUAGUUUAUUCACUGCCGUUAUUCAACAGAAAAAAAUGAAUAACAAGAAAAAAAUUAGUGAUCAAGUGAAAUUUUUAAAAAGUUGUAUAAGCAAAUGAGACAAAUGAAAUAUGAAUCUUACUCAAAAAAAGUUGAAGAACGAGUAAUCGAUCCUUUUUUUGUUUGUGGUAGCUAUAAGUUUUCAUUUGUUCUGAACAUAAAAUAACGGUUUUUUUGAUAAUAUUAAAAGCUGUCCUACACAAAAAUAUCAAUAUCGUCGCCUUCAGUUGGUUCUGAUCGUUCAGAGCAAUGUUAAAAGCAAAAAAACAUGUAAGGUAGUCUAUUUGGUCACUAUUGUAGUUGAAAAAUAAACUUAAAAAAAUAAAAAAACUCCGAAGUUUUUUUACUGACACUGAAGUCAACUUGAAAUAUUGAUAAUGAAUGGAAAUAAAACUGACAAGUAGUUAAAAAAACUCUGAAAUCAAAUAUAUAUAUAUAAUGUCAAACUUCCGAGUUAAAAAAAUUGAAAAAAACAUUUUUUUGAUCACAAAAAAAUAAUAUAAAAAAACUUAUUAAAAGAAAAAGUUUCACAAAAAAAGAAGCUUCUAAAAAUUUUUGGAAAAACCAGAAGUUGGUUAUGAGAACAGCAUGAAAAAAUGAUAGAAUGUAAGGUGAAAGAAGAUCCAUCGGAACACGAAGGCCACAAGAAUGACCUUUUUAAUAAAAAAUCCGAAGAUAAAAUUAAGAAUGGUGAUUGCAGCAAAAUGAAAAAAAUAGAAACUUAUAAUUGAAUGAAAAGGAAAGAUUCAUUUCAAAAUGAGUUAAAAUAAGAAUAUCAAGGAAGACAAUUGUUCAGGAUUCCCAAGAGAAGAAGGAGAGCGGUCAAGAAAAUGGAAGACCCGAGCAUGGUAAGGGUAGGUUAGCGAAGAAAGGUAAUAGGCCGGAGCGAGUGAUCGAUGCGAGGAUACAUGGCACGAUUGGCACACGAAGAAAAGAGGCAGGCCAGAAGGCGUCUCUCGGGCCGGCCUCGUGUAUGUGUCAUCGCCCUUCGUCCAGCACACACCAUCAAUUAGCCAUUGCCCCAAACGAACAGAUGUCUUUGUCCGCUUCACUCUUGUCCGCCGACGUUCACGCUUUUUCUUUUUUCAGUUUCCGAUGCUGA